AUGGAGCAAGAUCAACCUUUAUCACAUUCAUCACUAAAGAUUCUAUUAAACCCAAAACCACCCGAAAGGAAUCAUGUGAGAAGAGACCGACGUUACACCAGCAGAAGACAGCCCGGCAGCAUACCCCAUUUCUCUAGAAGCCCUAGGAUCUUCACAAACCAAGUUGAAGCCUCAAGCAACUCCCAAAGAAGUCUUGGAAGCAAGCUGUUGAUUCUGGCACCAGCAUUUGCCUUUCAGUUCUGUGUUGUCUUGACGUCUGUGUUCUCUGUUGUCAACUUGAGACUGCUGUCCGUACCUCCGGAAUAUGCUUCAGUACAUUUGAUCGUAUCAGCCGCCAUCAGCAUCGCAUUGGUUGUUGCCGUGCAGAAGUGCUCGUCGGGAUGGACUGACAGUAGGAACAUCUUGAGCAGAUUUCUGGUCUGUUUUACGGCUUACCUCUUCUUGGGCACACUUCUUGUGUUGAUUGCCAAUGUUGACAAAUUGUUCCAAGCGGAUUUGCGUAAUCUUAAUGUUACCGGAAAUGCGACAUUUUCAUUUCCUGAUCAAGUAAAAGCUGGUCAAGUGAAAGUUGAUGAAACGAAAGAGGAUCAAGCCAUUUUUCAUGACGAGAAUAAUAUAGAUAGAACUGUCUUCGCGAAUGUUACAGCAGAUCGGCAAGACAUUUUGCUGAAUGCAGUGGAUACGUACUCAGAGAUCGGCUUAGCAAGUGUUUCCAUGUUCUGUAGCAAAAGGAUGAGUACCUCGUCAUUGUACUCGCAGAUUCUGGCAUUUGUGGGUUACGUCAUCAUGGCGUCGGCCUUUUCGUCUGGUCAUUUUUUGAUGUCAGCUGUUGGCGCAUAUCUCUCAGAGGCGGAUCACCAGGCCGGCGUAAGCUCCGUCGAGUUGGUUGUUGCCGCCUUUGGCGGUUGCUUCACUUCUUUUAUAG